AUGAAUUAGAUUGAAUAAAGAGUCAAUGAGUAUCUUGAUUAAAUCGAACUUCAAAUUACUGAUCCUACAUAGAAGUAAUAAAGCUAUUUUGAAAAUGUCAGACAUCAUAUCAAAUCUUAUGAACAUAGAUGUUAAAAUGAAUAAGAAGCUAUAUCCCCCUAUUCUCUUAGAGAAAUUUGUACUCCCACUCAAUAAAUGAGAACAUGUUACUCUAAAUCUGAUGAGUUGUUGAGACUGAAUUCCUUUCAUCGAAACAACUUGCAUAUAAUUAUUCAUUGCAAGAAGUAGAUGGCUUAAUCAUGAA